AUCCACCCACAGACGGAGCUUGAUCCGCACUUCUGAACUCCAUCCACGACCACCACGCUUCCAUCCGCCCAUCAACAUCCGUCAAAGCUUCGUAUUUAUUGCAGCAAAGCGGUUCCUCUGCCGUGAAAGUCAGCUAUUUGGCGCGGAGAGCGAUCGUUUGGACCUGGAUUCUCACCGCUGGCGCCCAAUUCGGAAUCCAUCCACUCACAGGCGGGAACGACAAUUCAAUCCUUGUUCGCCUGGUGCACCCCCAUUCGUUCUCCCGGAUCUUGGCAUGGUCAUCACUCCUACUUUCUGAAGCAUACUACGUCUCGUCAAGAUGUUCUACUCAGAUGUCAUCCUCUCGAAGCGCGGCCCGCUGGGCAACAUCUGGCUGGCCGCGCAUAUGGAGAGAAGGUUGACCAAGGCUGUCCUGCUCAAGACGAGCGUUGGCAAGAGCGUUGAGGCCAUCAUGGGCCAGUCCGGCGCACCCAUGGCCCUCCGUCUGACUGGUCAGCUACUGCUCGGUGUCGUCCGCAUCUACUCUCGCAAAACCAAAUAUCUACUGGACGAUUGCAACGACGCGCUGCUCAAAAUCAAGGUUGCCUUCCGAUCAGGUGCCGUUGAUAUGACAACAGACAACCUCAACGCGUCUCGCAACGCCAUAACUCUUCAGCCGACCAUGACCGAAUUCGACAUGUACGCGCCGGAUGUCGGUCUGGAAGAUUGGGAUCUUGAAACUGGUCGAGGUGGCACUCCCAGACCACACGGCAGCAAGCGUCCCGGCAGUGGUGCUCAGAGCGGCUCCACUCACUUGGCACGUGCUCAAGACAUUACACUGCCGCGUCUUUUGGACGAGAGCUACGAAGACGAUGCUGCGUGGGACAUGACUCAGACUGGUAUUGCCUCGGCAGAUUUCGAAGACGGAGGCUUAGACCUUGGACUCGAGCUGGACGACGAUGAAGCGGAGAGGAGAGGCUUUGGAGAGGGUCCCGGUGCGGCUGAUGAUAGUCUCAGCGUGGGCAUCGGUCGAGACGCCGCUGGCAGCGAGGUGGGCGCACGCAGUGUCGGCAGCUUGCUCGGCUUGGGUGCAGAGGGCGACGAGACACUUGGAGUGGGCAGGGACAGCCUGGGACCCCUGCCAGAUUACGAUGAUGGCGGCUUUGAUUUCCUCGACGGCGGUGACUCUUUGGCACGGGGCUCCGAAGCGCCCGCGAUCACAGACGACACGGUAGACAUGACUCCACGCACGGCUGCCAAGAUUCGCGAGGCAGCUGAGCGCAGACUGGCGGAAGAGGCCAAGUUGGCUGGCAAAGGCGCAGGCAAGAGACAGAUUGUCGAUGCGCGCAUCGAGCUGGCCGAGGCUGCGCCUGGAAGUCAAAGUCUUGCUCACCUCAACACCGCUGCGCUAGGCCCCGAGUCGUACCUGCCCAAAUCUCGCGUCUAUCUGCAGUUGCUCGCGAUGCAAGCCGACCCCUCCAAGCUGUUCCCUUUCAGCUCGCUCUCCGACAAGCUCGGCAGCGCCUCCCUGUUCGCUGGGCCCCAAGGCCUGGCACCGCAGCUUACGAGCCUCUUCACCUUCGACACGAAUGCGCUGAGGAGGAGACGACAGGCGGAGAGCGCAGCUUUGGGAGAGCCCGGCGCAAAGAGGAUGCGAACGGAGGAGCUUAGCGAAAUCGGACGGCGAGAAGCUUCCAACUUUGACCAGCAGAGCGGGUUUCUGGACCUAGGCGGCGAUGACACGUACGGACAGGAGGGAUUGGACCUGAUGAUGGAUGAUGCGGGCAUGCCGGACGUGCUGCCCGAAGCGGGAGGCGAGUUUGCUGAGGAAGCGGGCUUGAGACGGUCCAUGAGGAAGAGCAAAGCUGAGGCGGGCGCGACGGAGGAGACCAUCACGGGAAGAUUGGCGCCUCUUUCUAGACUCGCUACGCCCGAAGGCGACGAGGGACUGGAAGAGGAUGAAGGGGUGAUUGGAUACUCUCCCAGUUCCAGCAACCCGCUAGCAGCAUUCGAUGCGAGACCGGCGGAUGCGGAGAAGCAAGCUGCGGUGCAGAGCGGAUUGACGAACAAUACGAUUAGGGCAUUGCGGGUGAUGAGGAGCGAGUUGGGAGAGCGCAGAGAGGCGGAAGCGAAGGGCAAAGAGAUUAGCUUCGAUAGCGUCUCGCAAGGAGCUUCGAGGAGAGCGGCGGCGGGAUUCUUCUUCGAGCUGCUCGUGCUCGCUACGAAGGAUGCGGUUGCGCUGGAUCAACCUGAACCGUAUGGAGAUAUCAGUGUGGCACCAAAGGAUGGGCUGUGGGACCUGCCUGCGGGACCGGCUACUAGACGAUCCGUCGUUGCACCUGCCAUGUAGGCUUUUGAUGCGCCAUUGGCGCCUCGUGAUUCUGCAACGCAUAGCCCCAGAUCUACAAAACAUCGAUAUAUUGCUACUACUACCGGUACUAUUCCCCCCCCUCUGCUCUUUGUAUCGCUCUGUACAUCUGUCUACAUCUUACGUUGAAUAGCGAUCUCGUGCAUGGCUU